AUGGACGCGGAAGAGGUGUUGACGCGCAGUGCCGUGGCUUUGGAACAGCGACGGCAAGUAGAGACCACGCUUGCGCUGUGGUCGAGUGAGUUGAGGUCGACCCAACGUCGCUUAGAAAUGAUGGCGGACGUUUUCAUGUCGGUGCAUCAACGGCAUUUGGACAAACAACGCACAUGGCUAGCCAGCCAAGUCAUCCUGACCGUCGAUAUCGAAGAAGAUGCGUCGCAAUCACCCAAGCUAUACAGUUUGAGCAUUGGCCAUGGCCUCAUGUGGGUUUACACGUUUCCUUACGCGCCGUCCGUCGAGUACCUCGAGCCCACGACAAGGCAACACAAACCAUCCGCCCACCUCGUCCUGGCGACAUGGACCAAAGUCGCCAUGUUUGCUCGUCCAGUACAAGUCGACUUGUCGAUCCAACGCACUCACGAUGACGGCAUCUGGAAAGUCGAGGUGUAUGCAAGAGCGAUCGGAAUCGUUGUGACGUACCACGUCGAUGUGUCGCAUGUUCUCGAGGAGCAUACAUUUCAUCCUCGCCACAUCUCCCGCGAAGUGGCUAGGGCUCGAGCCCUCGCUUGGCUGUGUGGCACGACAUCCGACCUGGCACAUCCCGAUUCCCUGUGGGCCACAUGUAUAGAGCACAUGAACUUGCCGUCGUGGCGCUGCAUCUGUCAAGUUAUGACCAAGGUGCAUUCGCUGCUUCAGUCCCCGGACGAUCUACUCGGGUGUUCUGGACUUGUGAGCCGUGAACAGCGCGGUGUCGUGCGAUUCACUGUCCUGGAUCAUGCGUUUUCUGCUCUGCAGGAUGGCAUUCAGAGCGCGUUGGACGAGAUCGAGCAAUGCAACCAGAGCCAAAUUCGACAUUAUCACAGCAUCCUCUGUGGUCCGUUUGCACAGGCGGUGGUGCAAAUACGGGCCGUCGACGCGCCGCCACACCCGGCAACCCCUCUGCCUCCCGUUCUCCGAUUGGCAUUCCAACUUGUCAUUCCAGUUGAGCUUGGCAAUGCACCUGAAGAAGUGUUCAUUCAAGAACCAGUGGACUUUGCGGUGCUUUCACGUCUCCUUGGAUCUACCGACCUCGAUCUGCUCGACGCGCUGCAUGGCCAUGUCGUUGCAAUAGCUAACCCAUCCACCGACAGUGAGCCCAACGUUCGGGCAUCAGGAUUGACUCGGUCCGUCGUGUAUGGCCCCGCCUUGUAUCUCUGUCAUUCGUCGCAUGUGCUCGACCGCCUCAUGCACAUCGAUCCGACCCGAAGCUCUGGAAAGCGACAAGCACAACCCAAAGGAGCCAUGUGGAGAACGUAUGCAAACGACCGCAUGCGCGCGGCGCGGCAGGCCAAGCCGUCGCACGCGCAUCUCCCGCUGGAAAGCUGUCAUCCCAACGACGACAACCGUCCUCCUCGAGCUGCAACUUGGCACCCGUCCAGCGCAGUACAAACGAUGUUUGUCGCAACACUCUCAAACAAGGAACUGGAAUACAUGAAUGGACUCGUUGCCGAUGUUCCAUCUCUGCCCAGGCGUGCCGUCGAUGUGUUUUUGCAAUUUCUCGACUUUUCCACAAUGACGUGGGGCGCCCUCGACACCAAAGUUGUGUUUUCUGGCAAGUUGGACGUUGCUGUGGUUGAUGGAGACCCCGUCACCAUGACCCUAACGAUAUCCGUGAACAACCUGACGGCACCCACGUCAUUGAUGGUGAGCGCCAGAGAUGCCUCGAAUCGAUUUGGAACGACAGCAUUUCACGUCUCCAUUCCAUGGGAGCCCGUGGAAACGCGACCGCGUCAUGCAAGUGCGUGGGUCACGUUUGCCCAUGACUGCGUGUCGAGGCUGGUCUUGCUUCGAAUGAAUGGACAGGUCGACUUGCGCCUGCGUCACAUGGUCCCGCUGGUUCGGCGUCUCGAUCUCAUGGCUACACGCGAUGUGGCAGCCCCCGGCAACAUACUGCAGUAUGCGGCAUUGCGCAACCACGUGCCAGGGAAUGCCAUGUCGAUGCACAUGGGCUCUGCUCGGCUCAACAAACAUUUACGGUCGUCCGUACUGGAUCGCAUGCGAAAACGAUUCGCCGCGGUGCAACUCGCAAGUGCCAAGGCGGCCGUCGAGUGGCCGCACAUGGUGGAAGAAGAUGCAUUCAGUGCAGAGUUUCGAGGCAUUUUGACCCUCCCGUUGAAGCAGCUGCACAAAUUGUACAAGGCUUUCGAUGCUGGAACGCAGCAGAGUCAAGCAGGAGCGGCCAACGUUCGGCGGGCAGUUCUGUCUGCCUUGGGCAGUACCACCUUGCGUAUUGAAGGAGAGAAGGAGGGGGCGUCAUGGGCGACCUUUCACUCGUUCGCAGAGUGGUGGCGCGUGGCCGACAUUGAACGACGGCGACGUGAGCCGCCGUCGUCCCCAGUCCAGCCAUAUGCAACCGUCGAGGCUCCAGCACACGAAUCAAAUACGUGA